ACCAAAACAGCUCUCAAACAUCUACUUAAACUUUAACUCAUCCUUCCCGCCUUAAAACACCCAGAUCAACUCUACUCUCCUCUCAUCUAUUAAAUGAGUUCUCAACUCAAAUCAAUAACAAGCAAAGGCAGCCAAAUCUUCGCUCAAAACCUAACCCUAACCCAGCUCGCAAAAUCUGGCAGAAUCGAAGAAGCUGUCAAUGUCUUCAACUCAAUGACCAGCCGCAACACUGUCACGUACAACUCAAUGAUCUCUGCCUUCGCAAAGAAUGGCAGAAUCGCUGAAGCCCGUCGUCUUUUCGACACAAUGCCGUCUAAAAAUUUGGUCUCUUGGAACACGAUGAUCGCUGGAUACUCUCACAAUGACUGUGUCCUCGAAGCUCAGCAGCUGUUUGAUGGAAUGCCUAAGCGAGAUGAUUUCUCAUGGAAUUUGAUGAUUACUUGUUAUAUGAAGAAUGGGGAAGUAGACAAAGCGAGGGUUGUAUUUGAUGAGUUGAAUGAUAAGAGCCCGGUUUGUUAUAAUGCGAUGAUUUCAGGGUAUGCAAAGAACCGAAGGUUCGAAGAUGCGAUAAGAUUAUUGAAUGAAAUGCCUGGUUGUAAUAUUGUAGGGUGGAACUCAGUUUUAUCUGGAUACAUUCAAAAUGGAGAAAUGGGAGAUGGGUUGAAAUUUUUUGAUCAAAUGCCGGAGAGAGAUGUGGUUUCUUGGAAUUUGAUGAUUGAUGGAUUUGUUCAAAUUGGAGAUUUGGAUUCUGCAAGGGAGUUUUUUGAAAAGAUUCCAAGCCGAAAUGUUGUUUCUUGGGUCACGAUGCUUAACGGGUAUGCAAAGAGUGGAGAAAUUGUUGAAGCGAGGAGAUUAUUUGAUCAAAUGCCCGAGAGAAAUGUGGUUUCUUGGAAUGCAAUGAUAUCAGGUUAUGUUCAAAGUCUACAGAUUGAUGAGGCAUCAAAACUUUUUAAAGAGAUGCCAGACAGGAAUUCUAUUUCAUGGACUACAAUGAUUAAUGGGUAUGUUCGUACAGGGGAACUCAAAGAAGCAAGAGAAUUGCUUAAUAAAAUGCCUUUCAAGAACGUCGCAGCUCAAACUGCAAUGAUCAAUGGGUAUGUUCAGAGUAUGAGAAUGGAUGAAGCACUUGAAAUUUUCGAGGAAACUAGGGCAAGAGACAUUGUUUGUUGGAAUACGAUGAUCUCUGGUUAUGCUCAAUGCGGGAGAAUGGAUAAGGCUAUGGAAUUAUUCAGGCGAAUGCCAAAGAAAGAUGGGGUCUCUUGGAAUACUAUGAUUGCAGGGUAUGCUCAGAAUCAUCAAAUCGAUAGAGCAAUCGAGAUUUUCCAUCAAAUGAGGGAUAGAAAUUUGGUUUCUUGGAAUUCGAUCGUCUCUGGUCUCGCUCAAAAUGGGUACCACAUCGGGGCUCUUCAGCAUUUCUUGAUGAUGAGAAAGGAAGGGAAGAAGCCCGAUUGGUCAACUUAUGCUUGUGUACUUAGUGCUUGUGCCAAUCUUGCUGCUCUUCAAGUGGGCGAGCAACUUCACCUUCUUCUAUUGAGAAGUGGCUAUGUGACCGAUGUUUUUGCCGGAAAUGCUUUGAUAACAAUGUACUCAAGAUGUGGAAAGAUUAUUAGAGGAAGAAAAAUAUUUAAUGAGAUGGAAAACAUUGAUCUCGUUACAUGGAAUUCUUUAAUUGCUGGAUAUGCGCUCAAUGGUUAUGGAGAAGAGGCGCUUUCUCUUUUCAGAGAGUUGGAGACCAAUGGGAUUAGUCCUGAUGAGAUCACCUUUAUUGGGGUUCUAUCAGCGUGCAGUCAUGGUGGAAUGAUCAAUGAAGGGUUGAAACUGUUCAAAUCUAUGAGUAAAGAUUACUUGAUUUUGCCUGUAGCUGAACAUUACGCUUGUAUGGUUGAUUUACUUGGUCGAGCUGGGAGAUUAGAGCAAGCCUAUGAUCUAGUGAAGAGAAUGCCAAUCAAGGCGAAUGCAGGUAUUUGGGGUGCAAUUCUUGGAGCCUGUAGGAUAUAUCGAAAUCCUGAUCUUGCGAAUUUAGCUGCUGAGAAACUAUUUGAGUUUGAGCCAUACAAGAUGUCCAAUUAUGUACAGUUGUCGAACAUACAUGCUGAUGCUGGGAGAUGGGAUGAAGUGGAGAGGGUUAGGGUUUUGAUGAAGGAGAGGGGAAUCAAGAAGAUUCCUGGGUGCAGUUGGAUUGAGACAAGGAAUGAGCUUUGUGCAUUUGUGUCUGAUGAUUCUGGGAAGUCAAGGACUGCAGAAGUGUGCACAGUUUUAAAGACAUUGAGUGCUCAGAUGAGAAGUAUUGGGUUGUCAAGUGGUUGUGUCUUGGAUUGUGAAGGAAUAAUGAAUUCUAUCACAACUUCAUGCUGAUAGUUGCUCCAAUUUGCAUUGUAUUUAUGUAAGUUUUGUAUCAUAAAAUGUAAUCAGAGAAUUCCAAAUUAAUACAACUUGCAUGUCCAAACCUGGCAAAAGGCUUGGAUACCAUGAGCCCUAUAAGAACCCGUAAGCGAGUUAUGAGAAGCACCGGAGAAUGCAGAACUAUUUGCUGAUGAUCUUCAUGGUCGUGGCUUGCGAUUUGCUGUCCUAUAUGAUUUUUGUGAUUUCAUCGUGACAUUGAGUAUUACUUGGAUCGUUGUACGUAACUGAUGAUUAACCUCGCAGUCAAGCUUCCAAAGAUCUUAUAAAAGCAGUUUUCAUGAUCAAUGUAGUAAUACAUAUACUUCUAUUACCAAGUUGUUUCAGUCUCUGAUAUGCAUUCAAUAUAGUCGCUGUCAUGCCAUCGGCGUUUCACGUGUAAUGGUUUUAAGGAGU